UUCUUAUCACUUGGUAGCCAAAUUACUUUUUUAAAAGCUUUUUUAUUACUUUUCAAUUAUUUUUUUUAAAUGAAAAUAUGUUUUAAGUACGUUUCUACGAUAUUUCAUAUGCAUAAAUAAGAACACCUAGCUUGAAAUCAUAAGUUCUUUGUGCGUAGUGAAGGUAUUUUUGUGAAAUAUUCCUCCAUAUAAAUUUUGUCAAAGGGAUAAAAAAUAAGGAAUGAUUCAUGUUGAUUUGAUUGAAUAUUGAAUUUAUUCAAUUGAUUACCAUGUACUUAGGAUAAGGAAUGUAUAAAAUUUCUUCUAGAGUAUUCAUACGAGUUGUAGAUUUGACUUUUGAAAAACUUAAUAUACGAAUAAUAACGAAACACAAUAUGGGAACAUACGUGCAGAAGAAUUGUACCUAUACUCCUAAGCGAUAUGAAAACAUAAAGAAGUCGAUUCAAGAUAAACGUUUGUACAGAGGCCUCACAUUGAACAAUGGCUUGAGAGCUCUGCUAAUCAGCGAUCCAACUACUGAUAAAUCAGCAGCAUCUUUGACAGUCAAUGUUGGUGCUUUGAAUGAUGGUGCCGAACUUCCUGGGUUAGCGCAUUUCUUGGAACAUAUGCUUUUCCUUGGUAGUAAAAAAUACCCAGAAGAAAACGAUUACCAAAAAUAUGUAUCCGAACAUGCUGGCCAUACUAAUGCUUAUACUGCCGAACACCAAACUAACUUCUUUUUCGAUAUUGGUCCUGAUUUUCUGCCCGGUGCUUUAGAUAGGUUUGCUCAAUUUUUCAUCGAACCGCUUUUCGAUGACUCUGCAACGCAACGUGAAGUGAAUGCUGUAAAUUCAGAGCAUGAAAAAAAUAUCCCAGCUGAUCAAUGGCGUGUUCGACAGUUGGAAAAAUCGAAUAGUAAAGCAGGACAUCCUUAUAAUCAUUUUUCUACAGGAAAUAAAGAUACUUUGGAUGUUAUUCCGAAAUCCAAGGGGAUCGAAAUUCGUAAAAAAUUAUUAGAUUUUCAUAACACUUGGUAUUCCGCUAAUAUAAUGUGUCUCGCGGUAUUAGGGAGAGAAUCAUUGGAUGAAUUGGAAAAUCUCGUAUCUAAUCUUUUCGAUGACGUUAAUAAUAAAGACGUUGAAUGUCCGAUAUACAACGACCAUCCUUACGGCUCUGAACAAUUGAAACGUAAAUUUUACGUUGUUCCUGUGAAAGAUAUUCGUUCCUUGAAAAUAAGUUUUUCAGCUCCUGAUGUUAUUGAUCAAUAUCGAACUUCGCCUGAACAUUACGUCAGUAAUUUGAUUGGACACGAAGGACCUGGAAGCUUACACGCAAUUCUCAGAGAAAGAAGUUUAUGUAAUAGCUUGAGCGCUGGUUUAUCAUAUACUGCCCCUGGGUUCGGAUUUUUCACCAUUAACGCUGAUUUAACUGAAGAAGCUAUGGACAAAAUUGAUGAUAUAAUAACACUUGUAUUUCAGUACAUAAAACUAUUGAAAACCGAAGGAAUUCAGGAAUGGAUUUUUGAAGAAAAUAAAAAGUUGGAAGAAAUGAUGUUCAUGUUUAAAGAUAAAGAAUCACCUUCAUCUUAUGUGAUGACUUUAGCAGCUGCAAUGCAUCAUUAUCCUAUUGAAGAUAUUUUAUCUGCCAAUUACAUAAUCGAUGAGUGGAAACCUGAAUUAAUAUCGAGUUUAUUGAAAUAUUUAACCCCAGAAAACAUGAAAGUAAUCGUUGUUAGUAAAUCAUUCGAAUCUAUCGCUACUGAAGUUGAGCCGUGGUAUGGUACUAAAUAUAAAAUAGAACCAAUUCCAGAUGAUUUAAUUAUGAAAUGGAAGGAAGUUGAUGUUCCUCCUAAAGAAGUUUUGCAUUUACCUCCACCCAAUGAAUUCGUGCCAGAAAAUUUUGAUCUAUUUCCAUUAGAUGCAAAUGCUCCAAAAAAUCCGACCAUUCUUUACGAAUCGCGUACAUCGAGAGUUUGGUAUAAGCAAGAUGACGAAUAUUUACUACCAAAGCUCAACGUGCAUAUUGAAUUGUUCAGCCCUCUAGCUUUUCUUGAUCCCGGAAAUUAUAACUUGACCAACAUGUUCGUGUUUCUAUUGAAAGAUGCUCUGAACGAAUAUGCUUACGCUGCGAAAUUAGCUGGAUUAAGUUGGAAUAUUACCAGCACAAAGAACGGUGUAUUGCUUGGACUCAGUGGGUAUAAUGAAAAGCUCCCAGUGUUAUUGGAUAGAGUUAUCGACAGAAUGGUCACCUUUCAAGUGGAUCCCAAACGUUUUGAAAUUAUUAGAGAAGCGUUCAUUCGUUCCUUGAAAAAUUUUGAAGCAGAUCAACCUCAUCAGCACGCUAAUUUCUUUUUAUCCUACGCCCUCACAGAAUACGGAUAUAAUAAAGAAGAACUGUUGGAUGCUUGUGAUGUUUUGAAUGAACAAAAUCUAAUGAGAUUUUUACCGGAUUUCUUUUCGCAUAUCUAUAUGCAGGUUUUGAUUCAUGGAAACUGCAGUAACAAUGUGGCAUUGCAUAUCGUGAAGCUUUGCGAAGAUCCGUUCAAAUCUGCUUGCGGCUUAUUACCUCAACAACUGUUGCCAUACAGAGAAGUCAACUUAGAAUACGGAUCUCAUUUCGUGUACGAAAUCUAUAAUAAAGUCCACAGUAGCUCGUGUUUCUGUGCUUACUACCAAUGUAGUUUGGAAUCAACAGCGAAUAAUACCAUUAUUGAAUUAUUCGCUCAAAUCAUCAACGAACCUUGUUUUAAUGUUCUGCGUACUCAAGAACAAUUAGGUUACAUCGUGAUGAGCGGAGUUCGCAGAAAUAGCGGAGUUCAGGGUUUGAUAAUUUUAGUACAAUCGGAAAAACAUCCCGUUUAUUUGAAUUCUCGCGUAGAGGAAUUUUUGAAAUCGAUGCAGCCUUACAUCGAGAAAAUGACCGAUGAAGAAUUCGAAACGCAUAAAACUACAUUGGCGACUAGGAAAUUAGAAAAACCUAAACAGUUGGCGAAAUUAACUAACAAAUUUUGGGGUGAAAUAUCUUCCCGUUAUUAUAAUUUUGACCGAGUUGAAAUGGAAGUCAAAUAUUUAUCUACUUUGAAGAAAGACGAUGUUUUGAAUUUCUACAAGGAUUCGCUACUCAUCAACUCGUCUCAUAGGCGAAAGUUGGCUAUUCAUGUGAUAUCUAAAGUAACUAAUCCCAGUUAUUCGAAAGAAUUGGAAGAAAAAGCUGAAAAGAUCGAAGAUGUGACUCUGUUCAAGAAUUCGCUUAGCUUAUGCCCGCUGCCAAAACCUUACAUGAAUAUUCCUCCCGUUGGAACUAAGUCUAAAUUGUAAUUUUCACUUAAUAGUCGAUGUACAUUUUACAGUGUAUGAUUUUUUUUCACUUGUCUUCUUAAUUUUGAAAAAUGUUAGAAGUGAUGUACUACAAUAAACGUCGAUUCUUCAAUA